AUGGUAUCCGCCUUUCUCAUAGAUGCUAUCAACGAUCCCACAAAAGUAGUCCAAGAACUCUAUGAGGAGCACACCGGAAACAUCGACCAGUUUCCUGCUGUCGUCUCUCGCCAUUUUGCAGAUGUCUUCUUGAAAUCGGAUGAUACGCUUCGCGAGGUCCUUCCGUUGGAUGUGAACCAUCCCCCUGAAUCAUUCGCACAUAGAUCUUUGGUGCGAUUUCACGGUAUGGUACAGGACACUUCAUCCUCACCGGAGAUGUAUCUCGCGAGCUUGAACGGAAAAAGAUGUGGUGGUUGGGGAAUCUCGCAGAAUAUGCCGGCUAGUGAAUGGCCUUCGAGUUUUGAUUACUGUGACCUUAAAGAAGCCACUGCUUUGUGGGCCGUCACGGUACCGGGACAAACGGAUUGGAGAACAGAAGAGUUGGCUGCCCAAUCGCAUUCUGGUAGCUCGUCUAGUCAAAGCCCACCUCAACCUCAUAAGUUUCCUGUGCCAAAUGCGCCCCAUAUCGGGGUCCGAGUCAAGGUUUAUGACAACGAGGCCGCUCAGUCGCUAAAAACUACGGACGUCGUUACGUUUAUUGGAAUUUUGACGUCCGAGUCUCUUGAUUCGGAAGAAACUUCUUCUCCAAUGGUCCCUUCACUCCAUGUUCUGUGCCAUACAGUACAAUCUAUAGGUGAUGAUUCGCCCCCGGAAGACUUGACGACUGUCCGAGAUGAUCUCAUCAAAUGGAUUGCCGAAGAGGCCCUUGGAGGUGAUGAAGUCGCAGCACAGUGGCUUGUUCUCGAGCUUUCCGCAAAAGUGUACACUCGGGCCACGCCACUCCUGCCUCCGUCUCUCACUUUUUCACGGUUUCCAUCACCCUCACCGUCAUCACCCGCGAUACCUGCUCUUCAUCAUGUACUUUCUGAUUUACUACCGCAGUAUCUGACCGUGCCUCUCUCCCUGGAUCUUCUGAACAAGGAAAACUUUAGUCCUGAGAGCAAGGAUGAGGACUUGCACUCGGGCUAUCUGCAGGUCCCUCACGGGACCACCUUGCUUCUAACAGAAAAUGGCGUGCAAGAGGGUAAGCUUGUAGAAAAAGGUAUCAUGAACAUCAGGGCUGUCCAGGAAGUUAUGGAUGCUCAGACGCUCGAAUACUCCUUCCCAUUCAGCAAAUUCUCAUUCCCGACAGACAUAGUAACAAUCGUCCUAUGUGAGGGGAGGAAAAGUGCCUUUUUCCAGACGGGAUUCACUGUAUCUCUGGAAGCAAAACCUUCGCUCAAGGACAACCUGUAUAAACCUAGAGACCAGAUAAAGAUACCCGAUACCACACAGCUGACAGCAUACCGUUCUUUCUUGGCAGCUGCAAAACGAUGUUUUGGAACUGUUCAAGUCGCAGAGGAGACGUCUCAGCAUAUUCAAGAGGAUUUUGUACGUCAACGCCAAGAAGACCCAUCCAUAACAGCGGACAACCUCAUUCACUUGAUGAAGGUGGCAAGGUGCGGUGCUUCUCAUUUCUGUCCGUUUGACGGUCAUACCCAUCUGCGAGACAGACUACUAGCGGCAUCCAUGCUUGAGCGGGAAGUCACCGUUGACAUAUGGGAAAGAUCGAAGAGGCUUGAUGCUAGUCGAAGGAAGAGAUCGCCAUGA